AUGGAUCCGGCAGUAAAACCUGUGAUUGACGACAAGAACUUCCCCAACAUCGAUAUACGGGAUCCAGAACUCCGUCGUGUUCUCAAACUGACGAAUCUCGACGCCAGAUUUGGCGACUAUCUGCUGAAAUCGGUGGAGCAGAAUUACCUCGAAGAAAGCGCUUGGCAAGGCAGUGACGAAUGGGUACGACUCCAAUUCAAGAACUAUCUGAUUUCGCUAGCAUUUGCCGCUCGAUCUGGCAAUUUGGAAAAACACACAGAUUUCUUCCCACCGUUCGUGGCGGCGUGGAUGGAAACGAAUAACUAUCGAAUACUAGCCCAAUGCAAGGCACCCGAGUUAUCAGCAGGCGAAGAAGGACAUGUCGGCGCCACUCUACCGCCUCGUGAAAUAGGCAUGAUGAUUGGAAAUGCGAUCAAAAGCAAUCCAAAAUUAAAUUCGUUUGUGAGCUGGUUCAAAGCGGCGGCCACGAGCGCUGCAUCGCAAAUGUCUGCUGCUGGCGAAAUGCCGAACUCUAAUUCCAACUUUUAUUUGGAAGAGGCGCAAGAAGCAAAAGAAAUUGUCGAAAAGCCAGUAGCUACAACGUCAGAACCGGAAAAAAAGCCG